AUGGCAUCAACAUUCGGCAAGAUCAAAUGGGCUUGUCCACCAUGUCGUGAACGUGGCUUUGGACAGGUAAUGCCUCAUGAACAACAAGGGGAUUUCAGUGAUGAUGAUGACGUGCCUGUGGAUCCGGACUCGGAUGAUUAUCAGGAAUCGAAUGGGAGUGUCGAUGCUCCAAAACAUCGAAAGAAAACUGGGAGUGGGCAUGUAAAAGACAAAUCGUCUACCAAGGUCAAGAAGGCUACAAAGGAGGAAUCUGAUGAUGAUGGAUCUGAUGGGGAUGAUGAUGAGGAGGAGGAUGACGAUGAGGUGGAUCAUAGUAAGGAGCCUAAACCUACUCCUACAUACAAGUCAGCUCCCAAACCUCCCAAGUGUGCUGUAGCCGGCUGUAAACGACCAGCUAGACAAAAUAACUUGUAUUGCUCAAAGGACCACGCCCAACAAGCCAGCAAUAACGCAAGCUCAGUCAAGGGUGCUAAUAGUAGUAGAAAAUCAUCAUCAUCCAGACCAAAAGAUUUCACCACUGGUACCAAAUCCAAGAAACCUUCAUCCUCGUCAACAUCAAAGAAACAUUCACCACCAGCAACAACAUCAAACGCACCAACAACGGCAGAUGGUAAAACAAAGCAUUCGUCUGAGACUGUCACGUAUCGACGAAAGACUCGAAAAUUAUUCGGUGAAUUGGUUGAAGCCAUCUUCAAGGAAGCCAAAGAUGGAGUGUUUGGUGAUGUCAAGAUUGCUAUUGAUUUGCAAGAUCAUGCUGGAUUUGCAAAGACUUUGGAGACUGAGAUAUUUAAUACUUGUGGUACUCAAGGAACUAAGAAUAAGAUUGAAGUUGGCGACAAAUACAAGUCCAAAGUACGAUCUCUUGUAUUCAACUUCAAGGACACCACCAAUACUCGUCUACGUAAAAUCAUCGUUACUGGAGAAAUGGAUGCUCCAGCCAUAGUACAUGCUGCUCCCGAAGAUCUUGCCAAAGAAGAUAUAGUAAACAUGGCAGAAACGCUCCAAAAGCAAUCCAUGAAGAAUCUACUCCUCACACCAUCGGAUCUCGUGCCGAUAAUGAAAAAGACACACAAGGGAGAGAUUGAAAUAGAUUAUAGCCAAUUUACACCCACUGAAGGUGCUCCCACGAUGUCGGCUACUAUGGAUAACGACUCCGUCAUGAUGUCAGCAUCUACGAUUAGCGGGUCUUCGUCUGCUGCCCUUCUGGGUGACGGUGAAGUACCUGAAGUAAGCCGCAGUGGUGGUAAUAGUAAUAGCUCGACUCCAACUCGUCGCGCACCAAUUCGAACUUUUAGUACGAGUAAUAAACGAUCAGCUCCUGAAUCUGCAGAUGUAUCUCCUAAACGGGUAAAGACAUCACUCACGGAAGAAGUUGGUGGUGCCAGGUCGGCAACCCCUUCGUCAGUAGGAGAUUUGGAUCCAAUGGAGAAUGAAUUCUAUGCAUCUGCUCUUCAAGAAGAGAACAAUCAACGAUAUAGUGGCAGAGCAAGUCUUGAGAAGACACCACCGCUAGAUGGUGGACAAGACCAAAUUCCAGUCGAGUUGAAUAGGUCGUAUACGCCACCAGGUUCACCGCCACCACUACCCGAAAAGAUAUGGGAUGGUCUUAUAUCCAUGCAAGCUGUAGCCAAAUUCAGCUGUAACGCAAAACAAGUAUCUGGUCACACUAUAGCAAAAUCUGAAUGGGAAUCCAUCCUGCCAGAAACUCUAGUCAUCGAAGGUCGUAUCGCAACAGAUCGUGCUGAAAAGUACAUGUUUGAACAGCAUCAAACACCCAAUAAACAGGUUGUAGUGAUAUCAUUUACAUAUGCGGCAACACCCGAUGAUGAAAAGAAUUGUCAAGAAUUCUUUGACUACUUUUAUACAAAGGCUCGAUAUGCUGUGGUCAAGGACAAGACAUCCUCAAUCAAGGAUAUGUAUAUAUGCUGUCUCAAGGAAGGUGAUAGGCUGCCUAAAUUUGUCACUCAUAUAAAUGGAUGCCAAUUACCGCCUGGCCCUGCCAAGCAAAAUCUCAUCUUGGGUAGUUUGUUGCUUGUUGGAAGUGGUGGAGACUCGACACGUAGAUCAUCUAGACGAGGAGGUGAAUCUGGACGAUCUGUUACACCAAUGCCGGCAGGUGAUGCGAAUAUGCCAAUGGUUACUCUCCCACCGCUACCUAUAAACUUGAUUCAACCAACAUAUUCAUCUGCUGCUGGUGGAGGUCCCGUCAACCCAUUAGCUAUGAUGUUCCAACAUCAACAACAAGCUUCUGGUACAAAUAAUCCACCGAUGCAAAUUCCAGGUGUAGCACCAUCCAAUCCUAUAUUAGCCAUCCUCAGCGGUAUUCAGCAACGACCUAUGCAACAACAGGGUAUCCAACCUAUGCAACAACAGCAACAAAUGCCGACAACGAAUGCUGGAAUGAAUGUUGGGGCUGCCAGUAAUAUGAAUCAAAAUAUGGUGCAAUUGUUGAGUAAUUUGAUGAGGAGUAAUAAUGCUCAACAACAACAGCAAGGUGGUAUGCCAAACAUGGCUAAUGUGCCAAUGUUUAAUAAUACGCCUCCGCAACCUAUAAACCCUGUGUUUGCUAUGCAACAAAACCAACAACAGCAACAGCAAAUACGACCCAUAUAUCAACAAAUCCAACAACGACCUACUUCGAACAAUCGAGCAAGUCAACCACCUCAGCAACAAAUGCAGCAACAACAACGUCCACCCCAACAACCAAAUCCAAACCUAGCAUCCGUAUUCGCAGCAGUAACCAACCAUGGUGGCAAAGUAGAUGCAGGAUUGAUGCAACUCAAUAACAAUGGCAAUGGUAACAGCAUGAAUCAAUAUCAACAACAAGGAGGAACUCCCCCACCUGGCUUUACCAUGCAGCACCCUGGAAUACCUGGAUUUGGUAGUAAUGGUAAUAAUAUGUUGACGCAAUCUCAACCACCAAGCUUUACACCACCGCCAGAAUAUAAUACCAGCGUCUCACCGAACCGCAGAACUAGUAAUAACAAUAGUAAUAAUAGUGCUGAAGCUGCUGCGGCGGCUUAUGCUGAGCGACAACGGGCUUUGGAGUUACAGAUGCAACAACGCAGUAUGGCGAGACAUGAGUAG